GGUGACUCCGAUUUACACCAGCCGGCGACCAGAGCCGGUGUCAGACCCCGCAGCGGGGCUGAGCGGGGAACCCGGAGCCUGUUCCAGGCACCCCCUGGCGGGCAAGGGGGAAAUCCGGUGCUCGCUUUGCACCGUGUAAACGAAGCCGGGGCGGCUCCAAGGCGGGGCCGGGAUCACAUGAGCGGAUGCAGAAGGGAAAGUAACUGGGCCUGAGCGAGCCAGGCCGCCCCCCGGCCAUGGGGCAGUCGGAGAGCCGGGAUCCCCCGGUCCUGCUGGACCUGAACCCGCUGCCGGACGAGCUCCUGGCGCAGAUCCUGAGCUGGGUCCCGGGCCGCGCCCUGGUGACCCGCUGCCGGCUGGUGUGUCGCCGCUGGCGGGACCUCAUCGACGGGCCCACGGUCUGGCGGCUGCAGGGCGAGAGGCGCCCGGGCUUGGGGGCCACCCUGGCGGCCGCCCGCCUCUGCCUCCCGCCGCAGUGGAGCCGGAUCUGCCUCCUGGAGCCCUUCGGGCGCAACCUGGUCCGGAACCCCUGCGGGCAGGAUCAGUUCAGUCACUGGCAGGUGGAGCAUGGGGGCCAUGGCUGGAAGGUGGAAGAGAACCGCUGCCCGGUCGAGGGCGCCCCGGCCCAGACCUGCUUUGUCUCAUCCUUUCAGUGGUGCAUCAAAUCGCAGCUCGUAGAUCUUCUAAAGGAGGGGUUAUGGGAAAAACUGCUGGAUACCUACCAACCGGAAAUCUACAUCUCCGACUGGUGGGGCGCCCGGGAAGACUGUGGCUGUGAAUACUCCAUCUGCGUCAGGCUCCUGGCUGCCAACAGAAGUACUGUAAUCGCUGAAUUCCAAGCCAACCCCGAUCCCAUACAACAGUGGAACGACGCGCAGUAUCACCAGGUGUCCUACCGGUUCAGGCAGUACGGCCGCGGCGUCCGGUAUGUGUCCUACCGGUUCAGGCAGUACGGCCGCGGCCUCUCCACAUGGAAGAGGCUGGUGAAGGUGCAGGAAGAGAUUGGAAAACUUGAAACUGAGAAAGAGGAAGUCUCCGCUCAAGUGAAAUGCCUCGUGGAGACCCAGGACAAGAGCACGUUGCAGGCGCUUCCCGAUUACCAGGCGCUACGGAACCGCGGGCGGGAAAUACGUCACCAGCUGAAUUCCCUGUACCAAGAGGAGCUGGUGCUGGAUGAACAGUACUAUCUGAAGGCUCUGAAACUGCCGAACUGGACCCACCCUGAUGUGCCCAUCGGAGACGAGAGCCAAGCGAGGGUGGUGGAGGUCGUGGGAGAGAAACCAGCUUUUGAUUUCAAAGUGAGGGGGCACCUGGAAAUUGGGGAAGACCUGGAUAUCAUCAGACAAAGGCGCCUCUCUCACAUCUCAGGCCACCGCUCCUAUUAUCUCCGAGGGGCCGGAGCCAUGCUCCAGCACGCCCUCGUCCAGUUCACAGUCAGCAAGCUGGUGAAACAGGGCUUCAUUCCGAUGGCCGUUCCCGACCUGCUGCGAGGAGCUGUGUUUGAAGGCUGUGGCAUGCAGCCCAACGCCGUCCCGUCCCCCGUGUACAACAUCGACCCGUCCCGCUUCGAGGACCUGUGCCUGGCUGGCACCUCCGAGGUCGGCAUCGCAGGCUACUUCAUGGAUCAUGCCGUGAAUUUGGAGGACAUGCCAGUCAGAACCGUGUGUUCCAGCACGUGCUACAGAGCGGAGACAGACACCGGCAAGGAGCCCUGGGGCUUGUACAGGGUCCAUCAGUUCACCAAGGUGGAGAUGUUUGGGGUGACGGCGGCGGAGAGCGGGGAGGAGAGCGCCGCCCUGCUGGAGGACUUCCUCGCCCUGCAGAAGGAGAUCUUCUCCGAGCUAGGGCUGCAUUACAGGGUCCUGGAUAUGCCCACCCAGGAGCUCGGGCUGCCCGCCUACCGGAAAUACGACAUCGAAGCCUGGAUGCCCGGCAGGGGCAAGUAUGGUGAGAUCUCCAGCACCUCCAACUGCACUGACUACCAGAGCCGGCGCCUGAACAUCAUGUACUGCGACCGGACAGGGCAGCUCCGCUACGCGCAUACGGUCAACGGCACAGCCUGCGCCGUCCCGCGGGUGCUGAUCGCUCUGCUGGAGUCCAACCAGCUCCAGGAUGGCAGCGUCCGAGUCCCCGCGAUCCUGCAGCCGUUCCUGGGCAUGGAAACCAUCGUCAAACCCGGCUACGCCCCCUUGAAAUACAUCGGGCCCAACCAGCCCAAGCGCCGCUGAGCCGUCGACCGGGAGCGGCCGUAACGGGGACCAGCCGUCGGGGAGCCCAGCCGGACGCAGACGAGACACACGAGCGCACCCCGGCAGCAUUCAGAGGGGCCUUUCCUGCCAUGACCGGUGGAGCUGAUGGCUGACGAGAUCGAGAGCUUUUCGCCCCGCGGGCCGCCGGUUCUCAUCUGACUCGGGCCGGCGCUGGUUGUGGCGUGUUCCCAUCGGCCAUCCCUUUGAAGAAACGAGUUUGCCGGGUCUCAGCCCAGAUCCCCGGUGGAGCCGCGUCGCACAGAGCAGGAUCGGCACCGAUUCUCGCCGGCAGCCUCAGUGGAGAGGCAGAAAGGGCCAUGGAGACUGGUCUCCCCCGUUGGCCAUAGCCAGGGUCUCCCGGGGGCUGUGGCAGCCAAGCAGGGGGGCAGUGUGUGGGGUGGGGAGGGUCGCCCUUGCAGCUGCCCAUGCUGUGGGGAAGGAGAGGGGGAUCCAGGCUCCCUGAUCGGUUGCUGGACUGACUGCAGUGGGGGCAGGAUCCCAGCCAAGGAGCUCAGAGCGGGAGAGAGAUACCUGAGUGGGGCAGGUGCCAGGGUGGGGCAUGGGGUGCCUAGAGCCGCCAAUCAAGGGAAUGAGAUUGUGCCACCCAUUAAAUCUGCAAUUGAAAAAGGUU